UAAGCCCAUCUAAGUUGUGCCAUUUUCAGUUGCAGCAAAGAGUACAAAUCAUCAUCUACUGAGCAGGGAGAUGAUCUCAUUUGCUUGUGGGGAAUCAGUAAAGCCCGACAUUCAUCUACUUCUCCGCCACUCUCUGACCAGCAACCCCCCACAUUUUUGUUGCCCAAAAUUGUUAGCAAGUGCUGCAAUUUCGAAGCGUUAUCUCAUUAUACCAACCUUGAUAUUCAAUUCGAUCAGGACUCCCAUGGCUGAUUCUACUUCUAGGGUUGUAUCACAGCCUGAGUGUGAUGGAGAUGCGAAAUCUGAAAACGUGACUCCUUGUUUCACUGAGAUUAUUGUAAUUCGUCAUGGAGAGACGGAAUGGAAUGCUGAUGGCAGAAUUCAGGGGCAUUUAGAUAUCGAAUUGAACGACGUCGGGAGACAGCAAGCUAUGGCAGUGGCAGCCCGGCUCUCCAAGGAGCCAAGGAUCUCUGUCAUAUAUUCAUCUGACUUGAAACGGGCACAUGAGACAGCAGAGAUAAUAGCAAGGCGUUGCGGGGAUCUAGAGGUCAUUAAAGAUCCAGAACUUCGAGAGAGACAUCUAGGAGAUCUUCAAGGUACUUCACUCCGUGAAGCAGCCAAAAGUCAACCGAUGGCUUAUAAGACUUUUCUCUCUGACCGAAGUGAUCAAGAAAUUCCAGGUGGUGGAGAAAGUUUAGAUCACCUUUAUGAACGCUGCACUUCUUGUUUACAGAGGAUUGCAAUGAAGCACAGAGGAAAACGAGUAGUUGUGGUAUCUCAUGGGGGUGCAAUCAGAGCAUUUCACAGAAGAGCUUCCCCACAUAGGAGGUCUAAAAGUAAGAUCUGGAAUACAUCCGUUGGUAUACUUCACUUGUCUGAUAAGGAUAAGUGGAGCGUUGAGCUCUGGGCUGAUGUAAGUCAUCUCAAAAAGACAGAAUUUCUGGAUUCAGGAUUUGGUGGGGACAAAACUUCUGGUUAAAUUUGGCAUACCUUUCUCACCGUUCAGAUUCUUUUCAAAGAGAUGCAGAAGAUGAUUUGACAUUAUGCAGAAGGCCAGAUCCCUUCCGACCUGCAAUUUGGACAUCUUUGCAUCACUGACGGUCUCUUUGGCAGAACGAUUCUACAUGAAGUUUGAGUUAGUAAAUGCUUAUAAGACGACAAAAAGUUUCUGUCACAUCAUUCUGAUGAUAUGGGCAUAUCCCGCAUUAUUUUUUCUAGUAUACGCUUACGCCACGAGCUAUGACAUGCUCCACAUUAUUUUGUGUAGUAGAUGCUUACGCCACAACCAGUAGCUGAACCUGAUUUUUCACUCGAUGGGUUUGAAGAAUAAAAAUGUAUAAAAUGAUGAGUCCCUGAAUCUAA